AUGCCUUUGUCCGGCGACAAAAUCGUGCACAAUCGAACAACGAAAUUGGCGACACGGAUAAAAUGGAUAAAAUGCGAGCGAGCGAAACUUGAGAGGGAAUGAGAUAGGGGGUUGGCCAACCUCCGACGACGACCAACUUGUACUCGGUCAUCUUCAACCUGCUCCUUCCUGUGGCAACCAAAACAAUCACGGUGACAGACGGCAGCAACCUGCAGGAUUUCGAGUGGGUGUGGUACUUUGAUCUGGCGUGCGCUCAGGCCUGCAUUGGGCCUCGGCAGUCUUCGUGCCGACGGUCGCCGUGUUCGGCCGUCGUUCAAAGGCGUAGAGGACGUCGCCGGACGUUGACCUGAGCGAGUCUACCAGGCCCGAGGGUGCUCCGGGGCGCUCGGCGCGGCGGCUGGAGUUUGGCGAGUGCAGAGCAGGGGCCGCCGAGUGGCUGCUGCGGUUCGGCGCCUGCGUCGCCGAUGCGGAAAUUCGGCGAGGGUGGAUUCGGCACGCAGCAGCUCGGCCGGACGUGAGGCGCUGCCGAAUGGUGCGGCGAUUGCUUGUUCUGCAAGACGGCUGCCGUCUCUACUCUUGAUCCUGCACUCUCGUUUUCGCAGGAUUAAAAAUGGCCACACUGGUUCCCUGACGGCGUCGCACAGAUGGCGCCCGAGACGGCCAGGAGAGGGGAGCAGGCGGGGAGGGGCGGGAGCACCACUGCACUGCUGCAGGAGAGGCGGGAAUCGAGACGGAUUCUGCGGGUUUUAGAUUCUGUCGGACGUAUUGAGUUUCGCUCUCCAAUUCUCGGCUCUCACGAAGGGUCUCAGUAUAUUCAGAAUGGAUUCUGAUGAUAUGGUGACUCCGACUUAUACUCCGAUUGCGCCAAAUCCACCAGCUGCUGCUCUGACAAAUUCUACGGACAGCACAUUUUCAGCACCGCCGCCAAGGAACAGGGCGGUCUCUUUCAAUGCAACUCCUCAAUUAAUUCCACCACGUGAAAAUAGUGAACAAGAUGAAGAUGGAAGUGAGUUUUCCAUUGAUGACGUCCGCUCAGUUGAGCCCCAUAGAGCUUGUGCCUUAAACCGCAAUGAUUCCGAUCAUGAAAGCGAGGAGGAAAAAGAAGAUUCACACGAGGUUGUUCUGAGUAUCUUUUGGAAGGGCAGUAAAUUGGGUGCUGCUGUGUACAUGGCUGAAACGUCUGAAGUGCUCGUUUUGUCGGAUAUUCCAGAGUUGGCUCCGCAGUUCAACGUGACCAAAACUUUGCUUCUUCAAAUACAGCCAAGCCAAAUUGCUACUUGUGGGCGCCUUGCAGAGGCUUUCAUCAAUGUGCUGAAAAACUACUGCGGCCCAGACGAGGAAGCUGCAGGCGUACAAAAACGAUGCUAUUUGAAUCUUAUGACCGGCAAUGAAUACAAGCACGAGUUCAUCAAGAACAGGAUUUUAGCCCUGAGACUUCCAAGCGAGCCAGAGGCUUGCAGAGGAGACGACAAGCUUCACCUGACUUACAUCCACUCCCUCGUCGACCUGAACAAUGACUGCUCAGUUUACGCCCUUGGUGCCCUUUUAAAGUUUCUAGACAAGCAUUGGGGCACAUUGAAUCUGGAGGUCAGAGAUCAAACGGCGCCUAUUGUUGCAGUAAAAAAGUUCUCACUGACCAACUCUGUGUGCAUCGAUUUGGACACCUUCACAUCCCUGCAGAUUUUCUCAAAUCAAAUUAGUCCAAACAACAUUAGCAGAGGAAAAUCCACUGCUGUAACUGAGGGUUUGAGCCUGUUUGCUUUAUUCAACAGAUGCAAAUCUACAAUGGGCUGCAAAGCUCUAAGGAUGAUGAUGCUGAAACCAACGUAUGAUAUCAAAAUCCUUAACGACAGACUGGACGUCAUUGACUUCUGCAUCAAAGCCAACAACAAAGGCUUUGUGGAAAAGAUUUCAGAGCACAUGAGCAAUGUCAAAGGCGUUUUGAGAAUCUUGACUAAGUUGAAGGCAGGGCAGCCCACUGUGAAGGACUGGAAAAGUCUUGUGAAAACAAUUUACAAUGUGGUUGCUAUUGGAGAGCUCUGCGACUCAAAACGUGACGAAGUUGCAAUUUUUCAAAAGAUUGCAGACAGUCUGAGUGACGAUCUCUACAGAGUUGGUCAAUCAAUCAACACUAUCAUGGAUAUGGAGGAAUCGGAGAAUCAGAAGCGCUUUGUCGUGCACGCUGGAGUCGACAUGCACUUAGACAGAAAAAAACAAGAAUACUGCAGCAUUCAGGAAUUGCUGACUAAUGUGGCUCAGCACGAACUGAAUGAUCUGCCCACCUACAUCAACGAGUGCACUGUAAAUUACAUUCCUGAGAUUGGAUUUCUGCUUGCGGUGCCGUUCUGGUCCAAUAGUUUAGAGCAGGUUGAUUUUGAACUCCCUGGCAUGAAAUUUGUGUUCAUCUCGGAAAAUGUGGCCCAUUACAAGACUCCCAGAUGCAAAGAGUUGGACAGAGUUGUCGGAGACGUCUUAACGCUCAUUAUGGAAAAGGAGUCUGAAAUUAUGCUCAAGCUCAUUCAGUUUGUGGAGAGUAAGAUCUACAGCAUUUUGGAUAUUAUGGAACUAUUGGCCGAAUUUGAUUGCUUGUCGGCAAUGGCUGUUGCUGCUCUGGAAAAUAACUAUGUGAGACCUGUACUUACGGAGGAAAGAGUGAUGGAAAUCAAGAACGGAAGGCACCCCUUGCAGGAGCUUUGCGUCUCCGAUUUUGUUCCAAAUGACACCGAUGCUACCAAGUCUGAGAUGAGAAUGAAAAUUUUGACUGGGGCUAACGCCAGCGGAAAAAGUGUCUAUUUAAAACAGGUUGCACUUAUUUCUUAUAUGGCUCACAUUGGCAGCUUUGUGCCAGCAACCAGCGCCAAGAUCGGAUUGCUGCAUGAGGUCUUUACUCGCAUCCAGACGGUUGAAUCAAUCUCGAGCACCCUCUCAGCUUUCAUGAUUGACUUGCGCCAGAUGGCUCUUGCCCUUCAAUGUUCUUCUCCUCGUUCGCUUAUUGUGAUUGAUGAAUUUGGCAAAGGCACUUCUGAGCUGGACGGACUGGCUUUGUUGGCCGCCAGUCUCAACCACUGGUUGCGAAAAAAAGGCGAUUGUCCCUUGGUGCUGAUUUCAACGCACUUCCACAGUGUUGCAGAUUUGCUCAUUGAUCAGGAUUCGCCAGUCGUUCAGAGACUCACCUUGGAUCAUUUGUGCAACGACAAAGAAGUCAUUUACUUGUACAAACUUAAAGAAGGAAACGUGAGCAGCAGUUUUGCUCACCAAGUUGCAGAGGCGGCAGGCAUUGAUCCCUCCAUCAUAAGACGAGCCAAGGAUGUGAUGGAGGCAAUGAAGAGGAAUGAAAUCCCUAAAAAGGUAGAUACGUUCCCUGUUACUCCGAUUAGUGGCAAGAGUGCCGAGGAAAUUGAAAAGCAGCAUCGAAGCUUCUGCCAGUACAUGAUGAUGACUGAGGAUGAAAUUGCCCAGAUGUCGGCAGAUGAAUAUUUUGAGCUGAUGAAAAAUAUUUAAAGUGUUGAAUGGAAAAAUUCAGCCAAUUUGUGUGAUGAAACAUGAUUUACGUUUUAAUGAAAUAUAAAAUGCAUCAGCUUUUAUUACAGUAUAGCUUUAUUAACUGUAGUGAUUAAAAAUACAUCAGCAUUUUUAAUAUUUACAAAUUUCUCUCAAAACCAUGAUCCAACGUAUGAUGAUUCAAGUUUCCUUCGUAUAUUAUUUUCAUUUGACAUUUAAAAUUUGUUAAAUUUUCUUUCCAAACAGGAAAGAAUUAAGUUCAGAUAUCAGAUCAACACUAACAGAAGAGUCUUUGUAACAGAUAAAAUUAAAACUCUAUCAUGUUCUAAAAUUACGGCACACUCAAUGGCAAAUACAACUUGAACAGAUUUAACCUCUUUUUGCGUAUAAUAUAAUAUAUAUUAUGUUCUCUCUCUUUUCCACAUCAAAACAAAUAUAUAUAUUAAGCAUUCUUCAUCAAUUAUAAGUAAUUUGUUGUUUGAUAUGGCCGCAGCUUUUGCUUCUUUGUUUUAAAAUUAUAAUUAAGUAUAAUUACCACUUUGAAUUUAUAUUUUAAAUUUCAGUAUAACAAUAGAGCUGCUACAUCUUAGUAACCAUCGGAUAAUUUAAGAAGUCUACCUUGUGUUCUUCCUCAUCUUUUAAGUAGUAGUCAAUAAUAAAAAGAGAUUCACCCUAGAGUAAUAAA